UAAUACAAUAUGAUUUUGUAAAGAUGGAUGUUAUUGAAGCAGUAAAGGGCCUAAUGUUGGAUACAUUGGAUUCUGAUUACAUUGAAUCUGUGUGGUCCCAGGAGUUCAUGGGUGGUGCAGAAUUACCUGAUUUUUAUAAGGAAUACGGUGACAAGCAUGCUAUUCAAGUCCUUAGUGAGGUUAGUGCAGCAGUUGACAAGUGGCAGGCCGUAGAACAGUGUACUAUACGUCCAGGUAAUAUAAAUACAGAAGAAAGGCAAGAUAAAAGUUGGAAGCUGCUAAUGGAACUCAAAUUUGAUUACAAGGCACUGUUGUCUGUGCUGUGGGGUUUCAUUACAAAUGGACAAAGAAACAAAUAUGAUGAAGUUUCAAGGAUUCUUUCUUUAAAAGCAAGUACUUUGUAUCUUAAACUUCUGUCAGUUUCUGGAAGUAGAGUAUUUCAUGCAUUUCAUCCUUACUUAUGCUUGAAAUCUGUGAAUAUCUUAAAAUUAGGAAUUCUGGCGACCUUCAAACAAAAGAAAAAAUCGAAGAAGUGUGGUACAGAGGCAACAGCUGAAGUGUUGACAAAUGAUAUGGGUGAAAUACAGUUGAGUGUACAAGAAACAUCUUCGCUACUAAAUGAACUUAUGAUGGUACUGUGUGCAUUGCAAUUAUUUGUAACCAAGUUCUCUUUGGAAUCACAGGAAGAACUGCUAGAAGAAAUUGUUAAAAGACUAACCGAAAUUACUAGAUUGGAAGUAAAUACAUCAAACUUCAUGACAUACCGCAGAUUGAAUAGAUCAGUUAUGGAUAAGGGUGUGUCAUCUCUUGCAUACAGUGCAUAUGAAUGCUUGAAACUCUUGUGCUCUCCACAACAUGGUGAUUUAGAAGACAUUGUUAUUAUUAUCAUGAAACAUCUUCUCUCCAGUGUUCUUUUAUCUGAUCAUGAUUUGUCAUUUCGUGAACUGUGCACAAUAAGAGAACAUGCUGUGCAUUUUAUUAAGUACUUACUCUAUACCUUGAAGGAUGUUACACACAGAGGUAUUACAAUAUUCAUCCACCAUGUGUUUACAAGGAUUGGUGAAAAGGCUGAAACCCGCCAAAAAGGAAAAGAAACCAUAGUUGAUAUAAUGAAAAUUAUGCCAUACAAACAAUACACAGCUCUAGUGAGAUGGUUGUUUGAUUGUGCCCAUAGUGAUAAAGCAUCAUAUAGACUUCUUGCUGUGGAGGUGAUAUCACAACUCUUAUAUGAAGAACCACAGGUUUCAGCCUCUAUCAGCAUUGCUUCAGGUCAUGAUUCCUGUGUUUCUUACAAUAGUGGUAGUGAUGCAAGCACAGAACCUGGACACCCACAGGGCAAUAGCAGUACUGACAGCAGUCCAUCUUCAGCAUAUUGUGCCAGGGAGGGUGAUAUGUUGUAUAAAUAUAUGUUGGCAGUUAUAUUUGCUCGAUGUCGUGAUUCAUCAGGAACUGUUAGAGCUAGAGCAUUAUCACUUCUUGUACAGUGUAUGAGAUCUGAUAAUAUGGUAGUGUGCAGUUUAUUCAAUGAGAUAUUUGUACUAAAUCAGCAGUGCAGUGGAAAUGAGAAAGCAUUCAUGAAUUACAAACAGAUAAUGGUGGCAUUAGAAAAGAAAAGUGCAAUGAACCCACUCCCAGGUGCAAGAGUGAUAAUUGGUGAAUUUAAAAAUCUAGCUUGUGAUAGUAAAGUUAAUGUGAGGAAGGCAGCAUUGCAGGCUUUGGAGAGCAUCAUGAAAUUGAACAGAAGCUGGCUAACAGAAAAUAUUUUGGAGAUGUUGGGAUCUACUUGCCGAGAUCCUGCAGUUUCAGUUCGCAAGGAGAUGGUCCAGAUCCUUUCUGACUUGUUGCAGCAAUAUCCUGAUGAUAAAAAACUUGCUAAAAUUUGGGCAAAAUGUGUUGUACCGCUUGUCUUAGAUCAAGAAGGGAAACUUCAGGAAUGUGUCUUGAAGGUGAUGAGUCUGGUGAUUGUAGAUAACUUGACCGAGUACAGCAGGCAGCAGGACAACAUAUGGUAUGCCUUACCAUGGCAGCUACUCACAUAUAUUGUGGAGUUUAAUCUUCAUGUCUGCUUCAUGAAGGCUUGUGAGGUAUGGGUAAAGGAAAAGGAAACAAGAAAUAGUUUGGUGAAUGAUUUGUGCACUCACGUGGGCACUGAAAACAACACUCCAGCAUGGAUUGUUCUAUACUGCUUGUCAACACAAAUGGAUUUCAAGAACCCCAUGUUUGCAGUAGAAUAUUAUCGACAAACUGUUACUUCAAAUGAGGGAUCAGUGUCUUUGCUGGUGAUUGUCCUGGAAGUGUUGCUGUCAUGUUGUGGUAACCUUCCUCACCAUGUGCAGAAGGACAUGCUGCAUGAGCUCGUGGAUGGAUUGUCUAACUUCAGUGUACAGAGAGAGCUGAUCCGUCUGAAUGUGGAGAUUGCUGUUCAGCUUACUCAUCAUUUGGUAGAGUCAAAGAAAGAGGCUAGGAAGAAAGUGAAGUCCUGGACUGGUGACCUCUUGCAGAGGUCACAGUUGUAUCUGGAGAACACACUUAAACGUGAUUCAACAAAGGUGCUUGACAAAGAUCAAUUUCUGUGCCACCUGCAUACAGUGGGGGAAGUUGCCAUGCAUAAUCCAAGGCAAUUGGAUGAGAAGACAUUUCGGCUGCUUCAGCAGUUCCUCUUCAUUUCAGAUGCAAACAGUAUGGGAGAUAUAGCCGCAGAUCCAGUUGCCAAAGCACUUACUGUUGUAACUGUGGGCAAGCUGUGUGUGCUGAACCAGAUGUGGGCAAAGCAGUUGACAAGGCCACUUGUGAAGCUGCUCAAGAUAACACAAGAUUUGCCCACACUAAUGAACAUCAUAUAUGUGCUCAGAGAUCUGUGUGUGCGAUAUGGGGCCAUGAUGGAGCCGCAUCUUCUCAGCCUGUGGCUAUGUCUGAAGGACACAGUGGUGCAAGUGCGAAUCACUACACUGACAUGCCUCGUGGAGCUUCUUCAAGGAAACUAUAUCAAGUGCCGUGGUGCCAUGUUUUUUCAUCUUCUAAGUAUGCUCUGUGACUUAGAUGAGAAUGUAGUAGAACUUACUACCUAUUUUUUGCGAGACUACCUGGUGGCAACAAACAAAAACAUAAUGUAUGAACAUUUCAUUGAUGCUCUGUUUCACUUCAAUGGCUAUCAAGGUCAUGAAGUGUAUGGCAAAUGUUCGAUGACAAGAGAAGAACGGGAGAAUUUUCUGAUGAAAGGAGACAAGUUCAGGGAGAGCAGGGAGCUCCUCUACGGAUUCAUGUUGGAGAACAUGGAUGAUGAACAUCGCAUGCUAAGCAGAAACAACCUUGUGAUGAAAGUGCUUGAUGGUGCUUCAGAGGGUCAAGUGAGGCUGGAUGAAGAUGGUGAGAACGUGGUCUUGGACGCUAUACACAUACUGAAUAGCAAGCAGAUAUGUCUGAGUGCGCUGCAACAGGAAUGUGACGAGGAUCCUGCAGCUGAGAAUAUAGAUAAAGUCACAAAUAUAUUAGUUAAGGCUAGAAAUAAAGCUAUUGGAGAGUGUGAGAAGAAGAAUAUGAUUGAGAAUAUUGUACCAGUUGUCAUUCACCUUAAGGCAGUGCUCCAGGAAAAAUACUCUCGUCUCGUCCCUUGUCUCAUGCAGUAUGUCAGAGACAUGAUGAAGGAGUACAAGAAUGAGGUUAAAGAAAUCUUUGCAGAAGACCAACAGAUGGCAAUAGAAAUCCUACAUGAUAUUUCAGAGCAUGAGAAAAUAGAAAAACAGUCUGAAAAUAUGCAAAGAAGGGAAGAAGAUGUUUCAUGCAGAACUUCAGAGCAUAUUCCUUCUAGAGUUAAUGCUUUGCUUCAGAGCUCUUCACCGUGGGUACGUCAGAGUCUAGGUCCCGAAAUCAGCAGGUGCUAUAGAGUUGGUGGAGAUGAGCUAAUGGUGAGGUAUGCACGUGCCAAGUUGCAGUAUCUCAGGAGCCAGACCCAGCGGAGAAGUGAUAGUACCAGAAGAAGCAAUCAGUUAGUUGAAGCUAGGGAAGAUUUUAUUGAAGAUCUGAAACAAGAAGGUACAGAUGAAGAUGGUGAUGGUGAAGCUUUGACAGAAGAAGAAUAUGAAGUUAGGGAGUCUGGUGAAGAAGAACUUGAGGUUAGAGAAACUGAGGGAGGAAGACUUAAAGACAAGGUAAAUAUAGAAGCAGAACUGGGAGUAGGAGAGGCUGAGGUUAGGGGGACUGGAGUUGCAGUGUUUGAGGUUAGACAGACUGUGGAGGAAGGGAUUGAUGACAGGGUGUCCGUAAACACAGAAUUUGAGAUGAGAGGGCCUGAUGAAGGAGAAUUUGAUGUUGGCGAGACUGUGGAAAAGGAAUGUGAAAUUCAAGAGUCUCUAGAAGAAGGAGUUGAAGAUGGAGAGACUGUGGAGGCAGAACUUGAGAUGAGAGAGACUUCAGAAGAAAACGAGGUAGGGAAGAUCUUGGAAGAAACAGCUGAGACUGCUGGGUCUGUGGAUUUUGAGGUUGAGUUUAGGGAGAUUUUGGAAGAUGAUGAGAUGAGGGAGACAUUGGGAAAGAAAGAUGAGAUGGAACUGGCUUUUGAAGAAGGUGUGAGAAAUGCAGAAAGCCACAUUAAAGAAACUGUAUCCAAGAAUAUGAAUGGGCAAGAUAAGGAUUAUGAAAUGCCAAGAACAAAUACAGGUAAUGGCACUCCAGAGACAAGGAGAGGUGGUAAUGCUGUUAGUACUCCCAUUGUUCGAGGCGAGACAAAUGUUACAUUCUCAUCCAGUGUUAGUGGUAUUGACAGCGAGACACUACACUUUAGACCACCUGAAGACAGAUGAAAAACAGAGUCUCACUUACCAGUACAAGAGCCCACAAGGCCACAGAGAUGGAAGGUGAACACCAGAUGUUUUGUACAUGCAGAAAACUUCCUCAGCGAGGAUGUGACAUCUGGAUUUGGUCUCCUGUCAUCUCAUCGAGGAUGUCUUAUAUGUCAACAAAAUAUUUGGUGCCCAUCUUUGAUCUUUGUGCUCCUGUGAGCCCUUUCUCUGGUAAGUAUUAUUUUCUUCCUCAUCUAUUGUAUAAUUAUUUUUGUUACCAGAUACUUUUACUUUUGAUUAGAACAUUUUGAAUUAUCAGAAAAUGUGAAAGGAAAAUUGGAAACAAUCGAUGCAUAUGCAAAACCAAGUUUAGUUUACAUAAUAUUCUGUACUGUACCAACUGCUGCUAUGUUUUUUCCCAUUGUGCUGAGACUGACAGCCUCACUGCCUUUUGCAAGCCAAUUGUCUAGAAAAUGUGGGAGCCUCAACAUCUCACAACCAUAUGGACCUCUGCGGAAUUUUACAGGUAUAGCUUUACCUUCUCUUAUAGUAAAAUUCAGGAUGUCAGAAUUCUUGAAUGCUUGUAAGGAAAUAUGGAGAUUGUAGAUUGUAUCAAUGUACUGCAUCUGGCAAGUCCCUGAAUCUGUGUGUGUGUGAGUGAGAGAAGUUUUACCUGUUCAGUAUCCUUGUGUGAGUAUCUUGUCUCAUUUUUAAACUGCCCAGCAUAGAAGCACAUGCACCUUAACAUAAUUAAUUCUGAGAAUUGUAAUAUAAAUGUCAUAUGUAGUGGUUAAGGUACUAUGCUACAAGCUGGAAGCUCGCGGGUUCAAGUCCCCGAUGAGGUCAUUGGAUUUUUU